AUCCAGACCGGCCGACCGGGUGUGUGUCUGUGUGGGUCUCUCUCUCUCUCUCGGCCACCCCCCGGAUCGAGAGGAGACGUGCAUCCUUAAUACUUUAUCCUCCUGAUGAAGGAAGACAUCGACGGCAGUAGGAAAAGCUAGAUCCUUCUUGAUUUCUGUCUGCGCCUGUGCUUAGUAGCGGAUUCUAGUGUGUGCAGGGCACUUCUGGGGAGAAUUCUGGCGGAGAUAAGGAAUCGUCAAUGGCCGUAGAUGACACGGAGAGUUGCAGCAGCAGAACGGUGGAGUCAUCGACGUCGUCGUCGUGUCAGUCCAGGCAGCAACGCUACAAGCUCGAGGUGUUCAAUGAGGUGCUCCAGCGGCUUAAGGAGUCUGGCAACGAGGAGGCCGGUCGCCCCGGGUUCGAGGACGAGCUCUGGAACCAUUUCCAUCGGCUACCUUCUCGCUACGCGUUCGAUGUCAAUGUAGAGAGGGCAGAAGAUGUUCUAACCCACAAAAGGUUGCUCCAUUUGGCAAAGGAUCCUGAUAAGAGGCCAGUGAUUGAUAUCCGCGUUGUUCAGGUUCCACCUGUCAAUGAUGGAGGAGCUGACUCUUUAUCACCAAAAUCUCCGAAGGAAGAAGAUGGUCAAGGCCCCGUGAGUUACACUGGUAGACAGAGCAUCCAUCCGCCACCUACUUUUGGUUCAUCCCCUAACCUUGAAGCCCUAGCUCUGGAAGCCAACAAGUCCUCCACCUGUGAUGUUGAUGCUACUGUGAAUGGUCACCGUCAAACAUCUAGGCCGAUGCAUGAGAUUACCUUUUCAACUGAUGACAAGCCGAAGCUGCUUAGUCAGUUAACUGCUUUGCUUGCUGAGGUUGGACUCAACAUUCAGGAGGCCCAUGCUUUCUCCACUUCAGAUGGUUUUUCCCUGGACGUGUUUGUUGUCGAGGGAUGGCCAUAUGAGGAAACUGAACAACUAAGAGAUGCAAUCGAGAAUGAAAUCGCAAAGAAGAAAGCCCAUACAAAGCCUCAAGUAACAUCAUUAAACCUGCCAAUUAAAUCUGAUGCGGAGGCUAUACCUAGUCAUAUAAAAAUACCAGUUGAUGGGAAUGACAACUGGGAAAUUGACCCAGAACUGCUGAAAUUUGAGAGCAAAGUGGCUUCUGGAUCAUAUGGUGAUCUCUACAAGGGAAGCUAUCAUGGUCAGGACGUUGCCAUUAAGGUCCUGAAGUCUGAGCAUGUUAAUGCACAAAUGGAACGAGAGUUUGCACAGGAGGUCUUUAUCAUGAGAAAAGUUCAACAUGAAAAUGUUGUGAGGUUCAUUGGUGCUUGCACGAAGCCUCCAAGCUUGUGCAUUGUGACAGAGUUUAUGUAUGGUGGGAGUAUCUACGAUUUCCUGCAUAAGCGAAAAGGUGUUUUUAAAUUGCCUUCAUUGCUUAAAGUGGCAAUCGAUGUUUCCAAGGGAAUGAAUUACUUGCACCAGAAUAAUAUAAUCCACAGAGACCUGAAGGCUGCCAACCUUCUGAUGGAUAACAAUGAGGUAGUCAAGGUUGCUGACUUUGGGGUUGCCAGGAUACAAACUCAAUCUGGAGUGAUGACUGCAGAGACUGGAACAUAUCGGUGGAUGGCACCUGAAGUUAUUGAACAUAAACCUUACGGGCCAAAGGCUGAUGUUUUCAGUUUUGGGAUUGUACUAUGGGAGCUACUGACAGGAAAGCUUCCGUACGAGUAUCUAACACCCCUGCAAGCGGCUGUAGGUGUGGUUCAGAAGGGACUAAGGCCAACUAUUCCAAAGAAUACUCAUCCAAAGCUUGUGGAUCUCCUUGAAAGAUGCUGGCAGCAGGACCCAACAUUGAGACCUGACUUCUCUGAAAUAAUCGAGAUACUGCAGAAAAUAGCCAAAGAGGCUGACAAUGAAGGAGGUGAUCAGCCCAAUGAAAAGCCCACAGAAGGUUGGUUUCUUUCUGCUCUUUGGUGGGCUGCUGGUAGUGGACACUGAUAAGUUAUGCAUGAUAUCUUUUGAUUAAUGUAAUGUCUAACGUCUCAUGUGUUGUAUAUGUCUUUCUGAUUAGCUAUUUUAUUGGAGCUGUAGAGUGAUUCUCAUUUCUUAGUGUUCUAUUUUGAGGUUUUGUUUUA